AUGGCUAUUUUAUCACUCGGCCCUGUGGCUUCUCAUGUGCUCAUCCUGGUGGUGGCCAUGUGCAAUAUCUGCAUCUUGUCCUACGAUGCCGGCAUGAUCAACAACCUGAACACGGUCAAGCCGUUUGUUGAACACUUCCAUCUCAACAGCGAUCUCACCGGCCUCAACUCCGCGAUUAUAAGUGCCGGGUGCAUCUUUGGCGGCCCGAUGGUUGGCCCUAUCGUUGAUCGCUGGGGGCGAAAGGCUGGCCUUGCGGUGGCCUCAGUCUGCAUUAUCUUUGGAGUCCUCCUGCAGGCUUCCGCAGCAAGUGCUGUGCAACUCAUCAUCGGUCGAUUCAUCAUCGGCUUCGCUACUCUGAUCAACGGGUCCGUUGCCCCUAUGUGGGUGAUGGAGCUGGCUUCUCCCAAAUACAGAUCUAUCCUCUCGAGCUCCACAGUCGUCUCUGUGCCAUUUGCCUCCUUCCUCGUGGCAUGCAUAAUUCUUGGGGUGUUUGACAAAAAGUCAAACUGGGCGUGGAGGGGAGUCAUGCUUGGAGAGGCAGUGCCUUCUAUCUUGUCCCUAUGCCUCCUGCCGCUUGUCGAUGAAAGUCCCAGAUGGCUCUUUGCCAAGGGGCGAAGAGAAGAGGGCAUUGAUAUCCUCGCGCGGCUCCACGCGAACGGAGAUCGCCACAACUCGAUGAUCGUCUCGGAAGUUCAGGAGAUACUCAGUGCCUUAGCAAACGAGAAGCAAAGCGACGGCGGCUGGAAAGAGCUAGUCACGCCUUUUCCAAACCUGAAGCGAUUUGGCAUCGCGGUGUUGAUGAAUAUUUUCUACCAAAUUCUGGGAGGCAACAUGAUCCUAUACUUUUCGAGCUACGUCAUUGCCAACCUCGGAAUCAAUGACAAGAGAACCACGAUUAUGAUCAACAUCUUCCUCCUAUUGUGGAAGGCAUGCUGCAGCGUUGGGGGCAUCUUCCUCAUCGACAAGACUGGUGCUCGCAAGCCUCUGAUCACCGGCACAUCUGCCACUAUAUUCCUCCUUGGCCUUCUUGCUGGCCUCUCAAACCUUUCAGAUGCCCACCCCGAGAAUCCGGGAUACGCCAUUGGUGCUAUUAUUGUUGUUGCCCUGUUUCUCCUUGCGGUAUCAACCAGCUGGAUGCUUCUAGCUUACACCUACCCGGCCGAGAUACUACGAUAUUCACAGCGAGCCAAGGGCGUAGUAGCUGCCCAGUCCAUCGGCUACGCCUUCAGUUUCCUGAAUCUCUACACCGCGCCACUUGCGAUUGAAAGUAUUGCUUGGAGGUAUUAUGCUAUUAACGCCGGUUGGAACAUAGGAAUCUUGGGUGUCGUGAUCUGGUUGUUUGUUGAGACGAAGGGCAGGACCCUCGAAGAGAUGGACGAGCUGUUUGAUGCCAAGCGCUCACACUUUGACACGCCAAAGGGCCUUGCGUGCCCUCCCUCUUCCCGCAUGUUCCAUAUAUCACACCUCAAUGUUACGUGA